UCUCUCUGUCUGUCAGAUCACUCCGUGGCAGCUAAAUCUGGAGGCUGUUUCCCCGGCGACGCCAUGGUGACGGUGGCGAGCGGCGCCCAGAAGUCCAUCAUAGACCUGCGUCCCGGCGAGCGGGUCCUGGCCUCAACGGGCAGCGACGGCAGCGGGGAGCUGCUCUACAGCCAAGUCCUGGUCUUCCUGGACCGCGCCCCCGAGACCUGGACUCUCUUCUACACCCUGCACACAGAGGCCGGGGCCCAGGUCUCGCUCACCGCCGCGCACCUGGUCUUUGUGUCCGAGGGGAACUGCUCUGAGGGGGCGCUGCCGGUCCGCGGCGCCCUCAGGACCGUGUACGCCAGCGGGGCCCGGCCGGGACAGUGCGUGCUGGUUUCGCGGGGUGACGCGGGACCGGGGCGUCUGUCCCGGAUCACCCGGAUCAGCACGAGGGCGAGCAGGGGUGCGUUUGCACCGCUCACCCACCAGGGGACGCUGGUGGUGGACCGGGUGGUGGCGUCCUGCUACGCCGUGGUGGACCAGCACGCCCUGGCCCACUGGGCCUUCUCGCCGCUCCGGCUGAUCCACAGCUGGACCGGAUCCACCGGGAGCCGCGGGGACGGGGUCCACUGGUACUCGCGGGUUUUACACUGGCUGGGCAGGGUGCUGCUGGACUCGGGGCGCCUCCACCCGCUGGGCGUGGCUCAGGACGACAGGUGAGGGCGGGGACAGGUCACAUAGGGGGACGCUUCUACUGGAAAGGAACCUGAAGACCUCAGACCAGAGCCUGUAGACCAGUACAGGACCACGAUGGACCCCCUGCUGAGACGGGAGACGAUUGUGGUCCUGCUGAGGCAUCAUGGGAGUUCUUUAGGGGGGACAAAGAGGAACGUAGGAGCCGUGAACUGUCUCCGAACCAGACGUUUUAAGGCAUUCAUAUUCAGUAUUUUGUUAUUUAAUGGGCUGUUUUGGGGGUUUAUUGAACACAUUGAUGGGUUGUAAUAUGUAAUGUAUAUAUAAAGGGUAUUUUAAUGUGUUUUGUUAAUUGAUUUAAGUGGAUUUAAGUGGUUAAAACACCUUAGCCCUCCCUGCAUGUUCAAUUUAAAUGAAAAUUAAAGCACUUUUAAGGUACACUGUAAAUUUUAGGGAUGUUUUGGUGAAUUUUACCCCUCAAACAACCCUUAAUUCAAGAUGAAAAUCCAUAAACAUCCCUAAAACAAUCCAUUCAUUCAUCAAUUUAUUCACCCUUAAAUCUCGGGUAAUGCUGUGAAAGAAUCCAUUUUAAAUAUUCAUAAUUCUCACCUGGACCUUAACAACACCUUCAAUUAAUCCUUAAUUGAUUUAUCAAUUAUGUAAAAUGUAAUAUGUAAAUUAAGGGCAAUGUUAAAAGUGUUGUACCGCUUACGGAAGCCCUUAAAUCAUGCAGAUAAUAACGUAUAAAAUAUUGUAUUAUAUUGCAUAUGGGAGAAAAGGUGGAAUUUUAAGGUAAAAUUUGAGGAGAUUUUAGUUUCAUAGUAAAGUCCACAGGGAUGUGGUCGUAUUAAUGUAACAUUACUGCUUAAAUACAGAGAUUUUAGAAGGAUGAACGUGUAUUUAAGUGUUGUUUAAUGUUUAUGAAGUUAUUAUGGGUGAAGAGAUAUUAAAAAAAGAUUUAUUUUUUAAAUUAAAUUAUAUUGAAAUGAGCUAUGUGUCAUUUGAUUUAUAUUUUAAUGUCAGAUGUAGGCCGGGGUAAUUAAGUA